GGAGUCAGUAGAGUGAGAAAAUUAGAUAUGAGGGCAAUAGGGAGAGGAGCAAAGGGAUGAAUAGAAAACACUGAAAGAGUGAGAGAGAUUAGAGAGUGAGAAAAAAAAUCAACAGAGGGAGAGAGACAGAGCAGUGUUGACAGACAGAAAUUAAUCAAUAGGCAGACAGGAAGAGAGACAGGAGAGAAAAGAGGCAGUGAAAGAGAGACUGUUUAUAAAAAGAGAGGGAAAAGGAGAGAGAGAGUGAGAGAGGCAGCGAGUGAGAGGAGAGAGAUAGAGGAGGAGAGGGGGGAGGAAGGGGGGCAUCCAUUUUUGUGGCGGGGAUUUGAGCUGCUUUUGUGUAACUCUCCCUGAGAGAUCGCAUGCUUGAUGAAAGGCCCUUAGAAAAUGCAAAUUGCAGCACGCAUGAAAAGCACAAAGAGGCAUCUCGCUGUCCCUGCCAUGGGUUUAAUUCUUCACCAACCACGUAGCGCUGACGUCGGGAGCAGAUAAUCUCUUCUCUGCCCGGGAGUGUGAGUAUAACACACAGACUUUCCUUCUCGGGGAACACUAUUUUAUCCAUUUAUUGUACGGGAUUCAUGGCUCUGAUCCCGUUAUAGGGUCCAGGGUGUGUGGACAGGACAGGGAGCAGGGAGGAAGUAUAUUUAGUUUUUUUUUUUUUUUUUGGAGGGGUGGGAUUCUGCUUGCUUCUUUUAAUGCUUUAAGAAGGGAAAGAAAAAAAUGAAAUAUUGCUAAAAAACUUAGCAGGUGCAAAGGGGACUAGUGAGGAGGGGGAGAGAGAGGAAGGGUGGGGAGAGAGAGUGACAGAAAGAGAGAGAGAGUGAGAGGGAGAGAAAAAAGAGAGCGAGAGAGAAGAGAAAGAGAGAGAGAGGAAGGGAGAAAAAAGGAGAGAGGAAAGCGGAGAGAGGGGGCGGAGAAAGGGAGUGAGGGAGAAGGAGAGAAACAGAAUGAGGAACGGGAGACAGGGAGUGAAGAGAGGAAGAACGGAGAAAGAUAGAGAGAGGGAUGCAGAGAAACGCAGGAUGGAAGCAGAAAGGGAGAAGACAGACAAGUGCCAACAUGCAAAAUUAGAGAUCGUGUGGUUAGAAAGAGUAUCUAAAACCAGGAAAAACAUUACGGGAACAGGGCAACUUUUUUUGUCCUUUAAGUGUGUGUUUUUCUCUCUCUCACUGCUGAGCAGGGGAAAGAGGGGAAGGGGGGGUAGGAAGAGGGAGAAUGUGAGAAUAAAAGCGGGAGGGAUAGGGGAAUGAGAGGGUCUUUGUACUGAGAAGCAGUGGGGGGGGUAAGGAGAGAGAAGGAGGGGGAGCCACAGAAUAAGGUGAAAGGGUUUUGGUGAAAGAAAGAGAGGACAGGGGUACAGGAGAACUGGGGGAGGGAUGUAGUUUUAACUCUUGUGAUGUAAUUUUGUGGAUAAUAUUUAAUGUGAUACUUUUAAAACCCUUCAUUGCUGGGAGAAAUUACUUUGAAAUUAAUGCAAUGUUUUGUGGACCCAGGACAUACUUGAAACAGAGAGAAAUCUCAAUGUAUCCUUCCUGGUAAAAUAUUUUAUAAAUAAAUAAUUGUGCAUCUUUAAGUAAGGGGUUAAAUGGGGUGCAGUAAAGGGUGAGUUGUAACCCACGCCCCCCAUAUACAUGCCCGCCUGUCUGUCUGGGGCCUGGGCAGGGAGGGGGUAGAAUGAGGCCUUGUGAUUUUCUGUCUCUCGCUCUCUCUGUCUCUAUUACAUGGCUGAGUGAGUCUGAGUAAUGAAUGUGUGAUGAAAUUACAUGGGCACACACAUACACACACACACACAUGCAUACAGAGCAAAACAGGGAUACAUUGAAAUACAUUUAAACAUAUGACUACAUUUAAAAAAAACUGUUACAUAUAUGCAUGUUUACAUAUGCAAAUAAAGACGAAUAGCUAGACAGACUUUUACAAGCAUACAUACAUGCGUAUAUACAUACAGAUAGUUAUAUACACUUGCACACAGUGAUGGUGCAUGGACACAUACAUACCUGAUUGGAAUAUGUGCACGUACAUACAUAUAUACAUAGAAAACAGAUUAAUACACAUAAUGUUUACAUAGAAACAUUUAUAUGCACACACAGGUUUAGGUUUGACAGACGUUGAGAUAGAGAGACAUAUUUGCAACAAACAUUAAUAAAUUGCCACACAUUAUAAUAAACGACCAUACAGCAAUUCUUACAUAUAUGAAAGAAUAAUUAUAAAGGAUUGUUACAAUAUAACUUCAGAAGUUCCUAAAAAUAAUAUUAGAGUUCCUGGGGUCCUGUUCACUUACUUAUACUCGGCUUCAACAAGUUUACAGCAGCACACACGGUGGUAGAAACAGACAUAUUAUAGUAUACACACACCUGACUAUAACCACAUUAAAUUAGAUACAUAUUAAUUACAUUGUUUACAUAAAUAAACCUACAGCCAUAAAUCCACACAAUAUUAAAAACACAGCAAAUGAAAACAGAUGCACCAAAUCUAAUAUGCACAUGGGUAACGCAAAGGUUAGAUAUAGAUUUGUAAGCAUCCACUUACACACAGGCAUAGACUGAUGCAACUACAGUACACAGAGACAUCAAUGUCAUCAUACACAUUAAGUAUAAAUACAUACGGAUAGGACAUUCAUAUUACACAUGCACAGUGCGUCACACACACAGGAUUAUAUAUGCAGACACACGGUUAUAUAUACUCAGACACUGUGGGUAUUAUAAGCAGACACACAGGAUUACAUGCAUGGAUACACACAUAGGGUCACCAGCAGGGGACUGAGGUGGUACAGUCACAAUGGGUUCAGUCAUUGUAGAGAUCCUGCAUAUCAAAUUAAGAGUUCACUAAAUCAUGGGGGGGUUGGGUUGGAGAGAGAAUUAACACUGUCAUUAUGUAUACUGCAGGCUCUCCAAAGCCUGUUCAAAACCACAAACAGAAAUCAUACCUACGGAUACACAGUUAUCCAUUAACAAAGCACAAGUGGGAAAAAAAAGAGACAUGUAGCAUUUUGAACUGUGUGAGCACCACAAGCUUAUCUAUAAAUGCCAGCAUUUAUCUUUUAUUCCCAACCAUAAAAUUACUGCAGAAGCAUUUCCAACAUCAUAGCUGUAACAUUUACCUUUAAUAUUCAAUUCUGUCCUAUUUUAAUGCAUCUUUUUUAACUUUAUAAUAAGGAUUAAUUUACUUGGAUUCACUCAUGACCGUUUAUACAAAGGACUAUGCACAGGGACAUACAUAGACACACUGGUUCACAUGGGGACAAAUGCAAAUAAAUAAAUAAAUAGCGUGCAUGGAGUAGCUUUCUCAUAGAUGCUGGUGUGAAUGCCUGGGUGCUAAACAGAUGCUUCAAAUAAAAGUAUUAAAAAAAAACAAAAAGAAAGAAAAUAAUAAUCUGAUCACUCACAGCACAAAAGUUAUAUGUGGGAAAAAAUAUCUUUUUUUAAGAGAUUAGUGUUUCAGCUUUUAUGAACAAGACCUUAUUUAUGCUAAAUAUAAACAAAAAAAAUGGUAAAAACUUUAAACUUGAGAAAGGUCCUGUAGUUAUGAACCAAAAUAAGACUUUAUAUAAAUCCCAUGACACCAAUAUCACGGGUCAGGCAGUUUUACACCGGCACCUGUGAGUUCACUAUCACAUUUAAUAAUACUAUAUAUAUAUAUAUAUAUAUAUAUAUAUAUAUAUAUUAUAUAUAUAUAUAUUAUAUAUAUGUAUGUACACACUCACACACAUUUAUAUGUACCUUUCCUUUGUUAUUAUUAUUUCAUGCCAAAUGCUCACUGACUGAAAAAUGAUAACGUAGUAGUAUCAGACAGGCAAGAAAUGCUACCAGCUUUGUAAGUAUGUAUCUCUGGCUUCUCAAAAAAGUAGUUUCUACUUAUGAAUACUGUUUGCUGAUUGUUUGUUGCCCAUUGUUACAGUCACAACUAAUUAUAUCCAUAGACAAAUACAGAUUAACAAAAUAACAAAGGACACUCCUGGGGGUCACAUGUAAGGACACAUAAUCAGAUGCACAUAUACAUUGUCAGAGAAAGUUAAAAUAACUUUAAAAAUAGAAGUAUCUCUUUGUAACGGUCAUGGAGUUAGACAUACUUUAAAGGGACACUAUAGUCACUAGAACCAGAGAAAAGGCAGUGUUUACAUUGCUGCCUAGAAACACCUCUAAUGGCAAUCACUCAGACGGCCACUAGAAGUGCUUAUUAGUCCACUGAUUGGUUUAGCGUUGCGUUUUGCAGGGCAUGCGCAAUUGCCUCCAAAUGCUUUUUUAUGGUAAAUAGAGACGGGGCAAGCUGUGUGGGAGAAGAGGUGAAUAAAAUCUCCUUUCCCAUGCAAAUGCAAGGGAAAAUAGUUAGUUUGACACUAUAGUGUCUGGAAUCCAUGUUUGUGUUCCUGACACUUCAGUGUUCCUUUAAAGAUGAACCAUUACAUUUUAAAAGUAAGUUUACCUAUUUUUACCAAAUAUGUGUCUGUUAGGUCUGAAAAAUAAAAUUAAAAGUAGAAUUCCACAUAUGCACUGAAAUUAUGUGUCUACUCCUCCAUUGCAUUGUGUUCUCCCAUACUAAGUUGGGAGGGCAAAAUAUCUGAUGCACUUCUACCCAGACUGUUAGUGAGAGGAUAGUAGAGGUUUGAGAAUAGAUAUUUGCUUCCACGUUCGCAUGAUGUCUAAUUACUCGUACUUUUGAGUUAUGCGAGUAUGCCUUUUGCUGAAAGUGAGCAAUUACUUAAAGAGGGCUAAUACGUUAUUAUUAUAUUUAUAGAGUGCCGACAAAUUCCGCAGCGCUUUACAAUGGAUGGACGAACAGACAUGUAGUUGUAACCAGACAAGUUGGACACACAGGAACAGAGGGGUUGAGGGCCCUGCUCAAUGAGCUGACAUGCUAGAGGGAGUGGGGUAAAAUUACACAAAAAGGUAAGGAUAGUAUUAGACUAGUGACAGAUGCAGAAGAGGAAUCAGUCAGGAGCUAUUAACAGUUUAAUUGAUAUACUUUUAUGAAGAAGUGGGUUUUUAACGAUUUUUUGAAGGAGUGGAGACUGGGUGAGCAUCUAACGGAGGAGGGAAGCGAGUUCCACAGGAACGGUGCAGCCCUCUAGAAAUCUUGAAGGCGAGCAUCAGAGGUGGGGGUACGGACAGAAGAUAGACGUAAGUCUUCAGCAGAUCGUAAGGGCCUAGAUGGGACAUACUUGUGUAUAAGGGAGGAUAGAUAGAUGGGAGCAGCAUUAUGUAGAGAUUUGAAAGCAAGAACCAGAAUUUUAAAUUGAGCUCUAUAUUUUAUAGGAAGCCAAUGUAGGGACUGACAGAAGGGUGAGACAUGGGAGGUGCGGGCGGACAGGAAGAUGAGCCUCGCUGCCGCAUUCAUUAUGGACUGUAACGGCGCAAGUUGGGAGCACGUAAGACCACUGAGAGGCGGAUUACAGUAGUCAAGGCGAGAAAGCACAGUGGAAUGGACCAACACCUUAGUCGCAUCUGGCGUUAAGUAGGGGCGGAUGCGUGCAAUGUUUUUGAGAUGGAAAUGACAGGAUUUGGCGAUAGAUUGAACAUGAGGCUUGAAGGAGAGGUUGGAGUCAAAGAGAACACCUAGGAAGCGAGCCUGUGUGGUGGAGCUGAUGGUAGCACCGUUGACUUGGAGGGAGACAGACACAGGAGUAACAACACUUGAGGGAGGAAAGACCAGAAUUUCAGUUUUGGUCAAGUUUAGUUUAAGGACGUGGGCAGCCAUCCAGUUAGAAACAGCAGAGAGGCAGUCAGAGACACUAGUCAAGAGGGACGGGGAGAGAUCGGGAGAGGACAGGUAGAUUUUCAUGGCAUUGCAGCAUUACUUUAUAAUGAUUUACACAUCCUAGAAGGCUUUAAUCUUCCUCUGGUAAAGAUGAAUUUUAUAUUCCCCUAAUCUCAAGAGAUCCAUUCCAAAUUCAAGUUCCAGAAUUGUGCAACUGGUAAAUCUUUUGAUUGAUAGCAUUUUUGCAUGCAUACCUUUUAUAACUCUUCCACAGGUAUUAUAGCUUCUCUGUAUUUCAAAGACAUUGCUAUUUCACUGCACAUGGCAAUUCAUGCAGGUAUUUGUCACUGCGACAGUGGAUUUCAGAUGCAUCUUCCUGCAACAAAAUAUCAAUGACAUUGACGAUCACUGCAGUUGUGCUCAAUAUGUAAAUUCAAAUUAAUGAAAGUCUGUUUUGGGAGAUGGCGAAAAAAAUAUAUAAACAAAACGGUUUAGAAGGAAUCUAGACGCAAACCAGUGUUCAAAUGCAUAGCUUAUUUUUUGCUCUAGUGCCUAUGAUACAUUAGUGCAUGGCACCUAGUAAAUGACUGACAGGAACUCUGUACAGAGAUUUCAAAUCAGGAAAAUGAUCUUGAGGACCUUAAAUAUCCCUGAAGACAUUCCCUCAAUAUUUUCUUAGAUAUACAAUUAGGAAGAUUCAGAAAUAAACCUACAGAAUAAUGUAGAUUUAUUUCUGCAAAAUAAUGAUAUGAGGAGGUAUUCAUUCAUACAGAUAUAAAUAGGCACCCAUGCAUCUUCAAACAGUAAAAUUCUGAUAUGUGGAGAUAUACACAAAGGGAGGUAAAGACAAGUAUGUACACAUAUAUAGAUUCAGAAGUAGUAUAGAAAUAUAUACAGAUGAAGGUUUUUAAGCUUCUUUUAAAAGUGCUUUCUUCACCUUCUCUGUUGGUGCUAUACAUAGGUGUAGCUAGAGAAAGAUAUAUAUAUAUAUAUAUAUAUAAAUAAUCAUGAUGGCAUACAUAAGUAUGUACACAUAAAGAUGACUUGUGUGGAUAUAUGUACAGAAUAUUAAAACUUGGGCAAACAUACAUACAAGAUACAGACAGUCAAAUAUAUCAGUAUGCAUAAAAGUGGUGGUUUGCAUACAGGAAUGCACAACCAAUGCGGAGAAACACUAAAAUAGACAGAUAUCUAGACAAAUACACAUAAAGGUGCAUACAGCAAAACACAUAAAUGAUUAUUCACUAAACUGUGAUUUUUAUUAUAAUCAAAUUAAUUAAUUUGGGCGAACGUAGCUAAUCUGUCACUUCUGUCAUCUGAUGAUCUGAAAAAAAUCCAAAUCAGCUGCUUUUACUUACAUUUAGCAAUUUUGUCCUUAGUUCAAAACUAUUAGCCGUUUGGUGAAUAUACAACAGACAUGUUUACAUAUAUACACACACAUGUCAUGUGCAGUAUUAUUCAGACUAGAUGUACACAAUAAUGUAUAAAGACACGUGCAUUUAUGUAUAUACACAAUAUGUAUAUAUAUAUUUUUUUAUUAUUUUUUUUUAAUUCUAUUCGUUUUUUUGUAAAUUUUAAAUAAUAUGCUCCAGUCAUCAGACUAAAAAAUAAGCAUGAUUUAUUUGUUUAGGGCUUUUUCAAGUCCUUCAGUUUAAAUGUGUUUGGAAUGAGGUGAGCUACAUUACAGAUAUACAGGGUAACAAGUUAGAACACAUACUCUUCUACUACCAUAGGGAUUGUUUGAGGAUUUAAUGUGGGAGGAGGCAUACACUGAUAUAAAGGUGCAUAUUAUGUUAAGCAUAUAGAUAUGUACAUAUUCAAAUGGUUUAUAACACCUAUAUACAUGAUAAAAUUGAACACAAGAAUGCAUAUGAACACUCGAGAAGCAAGGAUUUGUUAAUAAAGAUACAGCAAGGAGAUAACUGAUAAGACAAGCAGACUGAGUUUAUUAUUCUGUAUACAGCAAUUUAUGUUAUCACCUGCUUAUCUCCUUGUUAUCUCCACACUAAGUUCAGCCUGAAGCAGCCAUAGGCAGCACUACACACACAUGGCCUAAUCAUCUUGUUAUUAUGCACACAGGGAAGCACUAUCUCCUGCACCAUAAUACACAUUCAUAAGAGCUGCCAGAGUAAUUCUAGGUUGUUAGUCUGUAGUUUUAAAUUCUAUAAAAAGGGAUCAGUUACAUUGACACUUACUAUACCAACCUAAAAUAGCCAUUGCUUGCAGUUUUAAAAGAAUUGAAAGGGAGAAAAUGCAUUAAUUUGUAUGCUGCUGCUGCUCCCCCCUCUGGGCUAGAAGGGAAAUUAUACUUUACAAAAAUAUUUUGGCUUGUUUUAGUCACAUAUACACAUUUACUUAAAUAAUAAUAGGCGUGUGUAGCACUUUACAGUUUAAGUUCUGGAGUUUUACAACGUGUGUAUAUUUUAUUUAUAUAACAAAGAUGUGCUUUAGUACUUUAAACGUUAUACCACAAGGUGAGGAUAUACAUAGUUAUAGAGUACAUGGGUUUCUAUCAACAGGUAUCCUUAGCACUUUAUAUACACUGUAGUAGAGUAAAUAUACAAUAAGUGCUGUAGUUAUGCAGAGUGUGUAUAUUUUAUUUAUACAGCACAGGUAGAUGUGCAUACCCACUAAAGUGCAAUGAAGCCAUUCCUGGUUAAGUAGUCAAAGUGUGUGUGAAUGGCUUGACAACUCACCUGGAAAGAGGAUACUUUUAGUCCAAUGAGCCAAGCCAUGCAGGGCAGGGCCAGAUCACUGGCAGAGAGUGUCAGCUGAGCUAUCUCUGCCAAUGAGUUAAAUGGGAAACUAUAGUGUCAGGAAUACAAAGUUAUUUUCCUGGCACUUUAGCUCCCUAUAGUGCCCCACUCCAUCGUGGCCCCUGCAUUUUUUAACCCCUUCUGUCACCUACCUGGUUCCAGCACCGAUGUAUCUUAGCACUCGAUCAGACUCUGCCUCCACUCCUCCCCCAUCAACGUCAGCCGGCAGGGGAAACCUAAUACACAUUAGGACUUUCCCUUACAAAAGCAUUAUACAAAGCUUUCCUAUAGGGUUUGGGGUAACGCUGGAUGUCCUCAUGGCAAUAUAACUGCUACAGUGCACUGUGUGUUUUAGGGCUAUUGUACAGUGUGUUUCUUUAAGUGCUAUAUAGACAAAGUGAAACUUCCAAUGUGAAGAGGAAUCAGUACUUCUAAAUCCCCCCAGGAACAACUCGCAGAGAGUUAGGAAAGUUUCCCGAGUCAUUCACUUUGAACUUUAGAAGAAACUACUGAUUCUCAUAGAGAAGCUUGGCAGAUUGUGGUGAUUGCUGCUGUGUGUACCAAUUCUUCUCUAUGCAUCUGAUUGGACAGAAGUGAUAAGUAAUGAUAACUGCACAGGAGAAAUAUUGAAGCUGCAGUGCAGAGACACUCCAGCCUUGAAAUACAGCAGAAUUGACAAGAUUUUCAAUCCUUUCAAAAUUGAAAUGGUUGGCUCAGUAAAUUUAACACAAAAAGGAAUCUUCCAAUUAUAAAAAAGAUGAAUAAAUGUUUUUGUUUUUUUUAAUUGGAAUGUUCCUUUAAAACAAGAGCUUCAAACUCAAUUUACCUAAAGACCACUGGCCAAGGUGUCGUUUCACAAUGAGGCUGCUGAUACCUACUCUCAGACGCCCCACGGAAGUCCACACCAACAGACACACACACAGAACCACACUGAUAGACAAUUACUCCAGUACAAAUCCAACUAUAGACACUGAGGCACACACUCACGCACUACAUAAAUACACAAACACACAUAUAUAUAUAUAUAUAUACAGGGCCAGUCUGGGAAAAUAUUCAACCUGGCUUUUAAAUUCAGAGUGGCCUAGUGGGAGGGGCUGGGGCAUGAGAGGGGGCGUGUCAAGAAGGAUGUUCAUUCAAUGCUUUUCUAGGGCACCCCAUGUGCAGAGACCUGCAAGAGAGUUCACACAUGGGAGAGUUCAACUCUGUGUUUGUUCUGCCUUUGUUGGUGUAUUGCCUCUGUUGUCUCCAUAAAUGGGAUACCAAAAGACAAAAGAGCAAAGAAAAGGUACUGUGAAUGCAUUUGUAAGUUGGUCUUGGGAUUAUAUGUGUGUAAAAGGGGCUGUUUGUGGUGUUGCGUGUAAAUGGGCUUGUUUCAAUUCUGUUGUUUUGUAUAUAUGGCUGGGGUCUGUAGUAUAUAUGUUUGUUGGGCUGCAGUUCGUGUGUAUAGGGGCUGAAGUGUGCAUGUGUGUAUAGAGGAUGUAGCAAAGUGUGCGGUGCAGGGAUGUUGCUGGGUAGCAUCAAGACCAGAGUCUUCAGUCAAAGGGUAAAGUUGAUGGCCACUCCCACACAUGCAGACUCUAGCCCCUCCCAAAUCCCAUCCUCUAACUCACACUAUGUCCUCCCCUAAAUCCCAACAUGUUCUAUGAAUCCCAUAUAAUCAAUGUAUUCAGACUAUAUAAAGCUAUAUUUAGAGUGCCCACACCUGCUGUAUUAACCAUGCAACUGCAGCAUGAAAGGAGUAUUCCAAACAUCAAAACUCACUACAGCCAGCUGAAAUGGUUAUAAUGGCCCAAAUUCUUGGUAAUGGGGCAAACCGUUUUGCAACAUUUGAACUCUUACCUGGGUCCCCUAUGGUUGGUGACGUGCCUCCGGCUUCUACAGUUCUGCAGAAGCUGAAUGCCAGUCCCGCUGGCCAUUUAUCAACUGAGAGCAUUAGAGGACCACUCUUGGGCAAUAAAUGCAACUCUGUGCAUAGAAAUGUGUACAGAAUGGACACUACCCAGCCCAGAACUCUUAUUCCGGGCUGGUUAAUGACGCUCAAAUGAUUCUGCCAGAAAUGGAGUUACCCCUCCAGCAACAAAUGGGUUAAACUCUGUGUGUGCAAUGUAUGGGCAAUGUAUGGGCAUCAUGACCACUUUAAAUCACGGAACUGUUCGCAGUGUUUGAGGUAACCCUUUAAAUCUAAACCCCACUGCAUUUAAACCUACAUCAGUUUUCACAGGCAUUGCUGUGAAGUUUAGUGCUCUGGAGCUCUGUGAUACACUGAUACACACUGCUGCGGAGCUCUGUGAUUCACUUAUGAAAUAUAAUGUAAUUCUUUCCAAUUUUUAUAUGGACAUUCUUGUGCAAAUUCUCACUCCCCAGUUUAUAUAUUUACAUUCUCCCUGUCAGUUAACCCUCUCCUAUUUAUAUAUCCACAUUUCUCAGUUAACCCUCUCCAUUUCCAAUUUAUAUAUUCACAUCUAUUAAAUCACCUUCUCACACCCUAAUUUUUAUAUCUACAUCCCCCUGCCAGUUGAUUUUCUCCCCCUGUAAUUUAUAUAUUUACAUUCCCCAGUUAACUAUUUCCCUCUCUACAAUUUACAUAUCAAAUUACUUUGCUCACUGACACACACUUAUUAAUUCACACACCAUGCACUCACUCACUUCAUGUAUUUCACUGUUAAACAUCUCACAUUCAAACAUCUGCGGACAGAUAUUUACUAAUCUCUGCCAAUGGGCUUCUGCAGGAAGUUAGUGACAGCCUGGACAGAGGGGCUCACUGCAAAGUUUUAUAUUAGCAGCCAUUAGCUCCCUCCCCAUGAAUUCCCUUCCCUCUCGUAGUGUUGCACAGAUAUACUGAUCCUCUACUUAAACUUACAAGGAGACUCCUGAUCCCUGAGACUCAUUAGCACGCUGAACCAACAACAGCAGCAGCCUUCAGACACAGGCCAGGAGAGCAGCCUGCAUUCUGGUUGGGGGAAGGUGUGGAGCCUAUUAUGUAUCCUGCUGAAACUGGACACUCAGGGCUACUAAUGUAAGUCUGCCUAGUAAAGCCCAGGGGUUUUACAGGAGCCAACUCAUGACUGGGCCUGUCCCCCUUACCCACAGCAACACCCUAGUGUAGAGAAUAGGGGGAUGUAGUGUGUAUGAGGGAUGUAGUGUGUGUGUAAGGGAGAUGUGUGUGUGUGUAAGGGAGAUGCAGUGUGUAGUGUGUAGUGUGUGUGUGUGUAGGAGAUGUAGUGUGUAUGUAUGGGAAAUGUAGUGUGUGUGUGUGUGUGUGUGUGUGUGUAAGGAAGAUGUAGUGUGUAUGUAAGGGAUAUGUUGUGUGUGUGUGUGUGUGUGUGUACGUAAGGGAGAUGUAGUGUGUUUAGUGUAUGUGUGUAAGGGGAAUGUAGUGUAUGUGUAAGGGGGAUGUAGUGUAUGUGUGUGUGUGUGUAAAGGAUAUGGAGGAUGUAGUGUGUGUGUGUAAGAGAGAUGUAGUGUGUGUGUGUGUGUAUGCAAGGAGGAUGUAGUGUGUGUAAGGGUGAUGAAGUGUGUGUAUGUAAGGGGGAUGUACUGUAUGUGUGUAGGGGGGAAGGGGUGUAAUGUAUGAGUGUAGGACUGGAUUAAGAACCUGUUGGGGCUGAGGGGUAUGAUAUUUAAAGGAACACUAUAGGCACCCAGACCACGUCAACUGAUUGAAGUGGUCUGGGUGCAGUUUCCCAGGUUCCUUAACCCUGUAGUGGUAAUUAUUGCUGUUUUUAACACGGUGCAUUACCAUGGUAACCAGCUGUAACAAUCAAAUUUAUUUUACAGUUCCGGAAAAUAUUUUGUUCCCCCAUGUUUCCUUGUGUAUUUACCUUUACUCUUGCUUUUGUACAGCAGGUUUCUCCUGUUUGUAAUGUACACUAGCUUGCAGCCUACUCAAUGACUAUACCAUGGUACUUUUCCUGCUGCCCCUUCUAUAUAUAGUGGAAAUAGUAGUUGUAGUGGUGUGACAGGGCCUGUAGUUUUGUAGAUAGGAACUGUGAUGGAAGGACAGUGGCUGUAGUGGUAGGGGCUGUAGUGGGAAGACAGAGGCUAUUGUGGGGGAUAGGGGUUGUAGUGGGGGAAAUAGUUGCUGUAGUGGGAGGACUGGGGCUGUACUGGGGGUGCAGUGGCUGUAAUGUGGUGGGGUAUAGAGGUUAUAGUGGGAGGACAGGGUCUGUGGGGGGCGGGGGGUAGUGGAAGGACGGAGCAGGUAGUGGAUUUUGUGGGCAAGACAAGGACUGCUUUAAAAAAGCAAUUUUGAUUAAACACAAAUUGUCCCCUCUCUGAGGCUUACCUUGGGCCAGGGGCGGAGGGACCUUAUCUGAGGUGGUCAGGUGGGAAAUGUUGCGGUCUGAAUCCCGAUGCGUAAAGACAGGUCCUUCUGUGGCAACCCAUGACAACGCUCCGAUAUACUAGAACAUAUUAGUAUGCAUGUGUAUAUUUAUAGAUGUAUAAUAUUCUCAAAAUUUUAAAUUCAAGUAUAAAUUGUUGAUUUUUUUUUUUUAAAUCAAACUUUGACCUCACUGACCUACAUACACACUUUCUUUGACACUUACACUGCAACAAUCACUGACCUAGAUAGACAAUGUGCAUUCUGACACAUUCACACAUACCUUCAAACACACAUUCUCUGAACCAUACUCACACACACACACUCAUGGAAAAAUAUAAUGGGCAUCCGCAGGAAUUUUUCCAAGGGGGGCAUAAUUGUAAUGACAUCCAUGCUUGGCCCCUUUUUGAAAGUGUCACGAAGGGGAGGGCAUAGUCAUUAUCACAUAAAGCCACGGUGACCAGAUUUUGAAAAUAACCAGGACACCCAUUUUGGGGGGAGAAGGGCAGGAUACGAAAUAGCGUUUUCACAACUAUGGUCUCAGAAAUACAUGUUUGUAUUCCUGACACUAUAGUAUUCCUUUAAGCAAAUUACAUUCUGGUUACCAUAACAACUUCAUCUAAAUGAAAAUGCUAUGAUGCCAGGAGGCCCCUGGACACUCUCUUUCCUUUAUGGGGUUAAACUGCUUUUACAUGGUUUAAACCCAAAGGCUUCCUCCUGCUCCAGAUCUCCAGGUUGCUCAGUGGUAUUCAGGUUCUGAAACGGAGUGUCAGGAAGUGCAGAUUGACGUCAGGAAUGGGUGCCGCUGAUUGGCUAGAGUGGUCAGCUGAAGCUCUUAGCCAAUUGCUAGUUCCCGUUUCAUAAUAAUGUUUUUCUUUUUUUUUUUUUUAAUGGAGAUCUAGUGAAUGACUUGGAGAGCCAGCUGUCCAAUCUGCGGCACCCCUACCAGCGGCACUCUGUACUACCUAACACUCAGUAAAUAAAAGUGAACACAUUAACACUGAUUAUUUUUUUUUUACCUGGGGAGAUGAGAAGGUCCAAAGUUUUCCUGCCAGGCCCAGGGACCAGAGCCUUGAAGUGUGGUGUCCAGAAUGAAGUGGAGGUAUCACUUCACUUGUCCUUCCUGCUCCAAUCUUCUUUUCUUCUUUUCUUCUCUUCAUUUGACACGGUCUUCUUUUUAUUCUGACACUGUCUUCUCUUCUCCUUGGCUCCUUCUGCUCCUUUACUUUACAGCUUAUUUUGCACCCUUCUGCUGUUUUCUCUUUCUGAUCCCUUUCUGCUAAUUUUGCUCCCUUCUGCCCAUUCCAGCUCCUUUCUGCCCUUUUUGGCUCCUUGCUGACCCUUUCUGUGCCUUCUCCUACGUUACCUUUGUUCUCCUUCUGUCCCUUUCUGCUUUUUCUCCUACUUUACCUUUGUGCAAUUUCUGAUGCUUUCUGCUCUUUUACCUUUGUGCUCCUUCUGUCCCUUCCUGCUACGUGUUGACCAUUUCUGCUCCUUGCUGCCCCUUCUCCUACUUUACCUUUGUGCAACUUCUGAUGCUUUCUGCUCUUUUACCUUUGUGCUCCUUCUGUCCCUUCCUGCUCCUUGAUGCCCCUUCUCCUACUUUACCUUUGUGCUACUUCUGAUUCUUUCUGCUCAUUUACCUUUGUGCUCCUUCUGUCUCUUUGUGCUCCUUGCUGCCCCUUCUCCUACUUUACCAUUGUGCUCCUUCUGAAUAUUUCUGCUCCUUUACCUUUAUGCUCCUUGCUGCCCCUUUGUGCUCCUCGCAGACCAUUCUUGUUCAUUUAUGUUCCUUUCUGCUCCUUCUCCCACUUUACCUUUGUGCUUCUUCUACCCCUUUCAGCUCCUUGCUGCCCCUUCCAGCUCCUUGCUGACACUUUCUGUUCCUUUGUGCUCCUUCUCCUACUUUACAUUACAUUUGUGCUCCUUGCAGACCCUUUCUGCUCCUUAAAGGGACACUAUAGUCACCAGAACAACAACAGCUUAAUGUAGUUGUUCUGGUGAGUAUAAUCAUUAUAUGUAGGAAUUGUCAUGCAAACACUGCCUUUUCAGAGGAAAAGCAAUGUUUACAUUGCCCUUAGGGACACCUCCAAGUGGCCACUCCUCAGAUGGCCACUGGAGGUUUUUUCUGGCUCAGUGCUGCACAGUAGGCAGCAGUGCCGUUCAGCGUCUCCACGCUCUGUAUGGGGACGCAGAAUUUUCCUCAUAGAGAUGCACUGCUGCACUCUGUGCUGCUCCCCUGCGGAUUCAGUCAGGAGAAAGAAGGAGGCGUAAGAUGUAGCUUCCUAUCCCUUCUCCUUUCUGCUUCUUCUCCUACUUACGUUCCUGCUCCUUCCUGACCCUUCCUGUAAGCUGCCCACCAUGCCUCACUUACCUGAUCUGUAGGCUGCCCCCCGCCAUGCUUCACUUACCUGAUCUGUAGACUGUCUCUUCAGGCUGGGAGUUUCUGCACUGCACUCUGUGCUGCUCCCCUGCGGAUUCAGUCAGGAGAGAGAAGCAGGCAUAAGACGUAGCUUCCUGUCACUGCCUUUCCAUACAUACACCUACUGGCCGGAUCCGGUAUUGCAGUGUAUUCUGAAUCUCAAAAGAAAAAUAUCGACACAACCGUCCAUCAGCUCUUUGCAUUGCGAGGAGCGGCUGCUGCUCCAUACCUGCUGCUCUACUGUAGCCCUACGUCAACUCUAGCUAUGGUGGCCAGUCCUACCACCACACCACUUCUCCUCCCUACAGCAGCCCUGCCACAUGCACAUAGUGCAGCUAAAUCAAUAGAAAAACUGUUCGCUGGGCACCCAGGACUGCAUAUUCUGGGCAUUGGGCAAUAUAAAUUCCUGGUAAAUUUUAAAAAGCAGUUAUGAGGAGGUGCAGUAAAUUAAGUAGUUAUAUACAGUGUAUGAAUAUUAUAUCUAUACAGGACUAACAGGUGUACUUAAUCACUCUACAGGUGUGUGCAAAUAUUAUUAAUACAAAGCAAACAGGUGUAUUUAUAAUAGCAGUUUUACAGACGUGCAUAAAAAAAAACAUGAACAUUUUAGUAUGAAUAACAACCUCUACAGACUUUCCAAUGCCAUGAGUUUGAAUCAGUAAAGGUGCAUUGUAUGAUUUAUUCAGGUAGUCCUUUAUAUACACACUGAUAACAUCUACAUUAUGGGCCUUUUUUUAAGAAGUUGUCUCAGGUAUGCUGUGACUUUAUAGUGUAUUGUCUGAGCACCAUCUUUGUCCAUGUUCGACUCAAUAAAGACUGGGAUAUAGGCUAAAUAAUUAGACAUUGAUGUUAUCUUUUUUAUUUUCAUAAUAUAAAUUUGAUUAUUGGUAUUACAUAUACAUAGUAUAUAGUUGUUUUUUUUAUCUGUGGACUGCUUGUUUCUCGCCUACAAGCUGUUGUACUUUUUUUUUUUUUUUUUUUACCGGUGGAAUGCAACAUAACAUUUUAUAGAUUUUUAGCAUUCAUAUUGGGAAGAAUCUCAAUUCAGAUGAAAAUCAGCUUAUAUGGAUUAAUUCCCAAUCUCUGAAUAGCACAAUGGAAGAAUGAACCAAUGGGCGGACUAAUCAUUAAUUGAUUUCUUCCAUGCAUAAACCCACCUGUUGGGACCUGGGCUGUAAGACCUGUGGUUUUGCUUUCUGUUUGUGCCCCUUUUGCUGUUCCUUAACUGUUCCUACUACUUCUAAUUCUAACAUUUUGUUGGAAAUAAGAUGGUCAGAUAGCCAUAUAUAUAUAUAUAUAUAUAUAUAUAUAUAUACACACACACACACACACACACACACACACACACACACACACGUAUUUAUAUAUAAAUAUAUAUAUAUAUAUAGUGUCCGUUUAAAAAUAAUUUAUGAUUUCCAUUUUUUUUUUUUUUUACUCAUCACGACUGCUGUGAGAUGAAGGCUUACAGUUAAAGAACUACUAUUGUCUAUCAGAGCACGUCAUCUCAAUUAAGUGGUCUUGGUGAAGUGAUCCUUUAGUUUUAACCCUGCAAUGUAAACUCUUGAAAUGUUUUAGAAAGGGUUAAAUCCACUUCUAGUGGCCAUAUUCUAGAGAACCACUAGAGGUGUUUCCACUACACUGACAGAUAGAUAGAUAGAUAGAUAGAUAGAUAUAGACAGACAGAUAGAUAUAUAGAGAGAGAGAACGUUUUCCAGAGCUGUGUAUAAAGAAUAUACAACCUUAAAUUUUUUUCUUUCCAAUAUGACUCGUUGUCGUCAGUUAAAUAUAAUAUGCCAUCCUGUACAGUCUCCAACAGCAUGUUGCUCAAAGAUGAGCAGUGCACUUUUGUAACUGUGGCCUUGCCCAUUUCCUAGAGAUAAUUCUGGAUGCAGUAUUCUGGACUGCCUAUAGCUAGGAUAAUGAAUAAUCUAUCGUUUUCAUAUAGAAUACAUUGCUGUAGUCCAGGAAUAAUUGUACCAAUUCAGGGAUUACUGUUUUUUACGUGCCAGUUUUGUCUUGGUAUAUUAUGCUGGGAAUUAUCCAUUGUGUUUUAGUGUGGUAUUUGUGGUUGUAUGAUCUGGAGUUUUAGGGAAAGCUGGAUUCUCCAUAACACCCAUUUCUUACAUAAGGAAAAGAGUAGAUAGGAGAUGUAGAGGGAACAUCUAAUGCAUUGGUUGAUUGUCGGCUGCUUGUUGGGAGAUGGGGUUUUAUAGGCACAAUUUAAAUUAAUUUAUCAUCUUUUACUGGGUUGAGAUGGAGCAGAUUAAUGUUUAUCCAUUCCUAGAUAUCUUGAAGCAUGAAAUGAUCGUCUUGGUUUGGAUCGUCCUACUGUUUUCACAGUUCCAGUUUUACCUGCAUGGAUACUUCUACAGUGGAUACUGUUUACUACUAGUUUGAUUGACAUGGUUAUCAAGAGUUGAACAUCUUUUUUGGACUCUGCAUGUUGUUACAUUAGUGAUUCUACCUUCACUGCAGCCAUUGAGUCCAGGAUUUAAUUUCUUUUUUGAAUUAAUUAUCAUUUUACAGUCAAGAAUGUCAAGGCCAGCAGAUUGGUCUAGAUAGAAGAGUCAAAGUUGCAGGAUAAUUUGAAUUGUCUGAGGAUUUUGGGUUUGUCUUCUAAAGACUUAGAGAGUUUGAGGAGAAUAGACAAUAUUUUUUUCCUGUAAUGAGAUCUUCUUGUGCAUGAUGUAGUCAGUGGGUUGUCAUGCAGCUAGAUUAAUGGAGUUUAUUCAGAUGACUUAUUUUAGCUUGUCAUAUGAUGUGUCAAUACUUCCCAACUACAGGUGUUCUAUAUACCCUAUAAUUUGUCGGACUAAUCUUUCUCUAGACAUGUACAAAAUAUGCAGAAAUUCUGAUGGUCUUUGUGGAACAGAGGAUACAUGGCCUCCAUUUAGGGCACUCACACCUGCCAUCCACACUGGUGCAUGAGCUUACACAUAGCUGUCAUUCCAUGAUUAUCCCAAGCAAGGUAAGGUUUAGUAGCGAACACAGCAUAACAAUGUACAUUUGGGGGCAUAAAAUAUAACCUAAGAGAUAUUUAGUGCCAACAGUGCCAGGGAACUGGGCACCACAGUCUUACUGUACAUAUAUGGGUGGUUGAACACUCUUUGGCACAAUUAGCACCAGUCUUUUAUAUGAGGAAUUGUUGAUAAUUGUUACUGGAAAGGAGAUCUGAGGAUCAUUGAUACAUUUGUUAACCUGUUUUCCUAAAGCUAUAUUGCCCUAUUUACAGGUAAAAAACUUAAAAUAAGGUUUUACUUGCCUUUACUCAAGCACAGUGGCUCCAUUGGUACUGUCAGCUGCCCUGCCUCCCACAACGUCAUCUGGCUCUUUUUCCAGAGUCGUAUCCAAUGGUCCACAUAGAGGAGCAAGUACCACACCCACAUCCAAAUGCUUCUCAUAGGAACGCAUUGAAUUUAGUGCUUUUCUAUGAGCUUCCACGUAAAUGUCAUACUCAGUCAGUGUAGUGGAAACACCUCCAGUGGUUCUCUAGAAUAUGGCCACUAGAGGUGGAUUUAACCCUUUCUAAAACAUUUCAAGAUUUUACAUUGCAGGGUUAAAACUAAAGGAUCACUUCACCAAGACCACUUAAUUGAGAUGAUGUGCUCUGAUAGACAAUAGUAGUUCUUUAACCGUAAGCCUUCAUCUCCCAGCAGUCGUGAUGGGUAAAAAAAAAAAUGGAAAUCUCUAAGUUAUUUUAACUAUAGUCACACAGACCACUUCAUGUCUGGACACUACAGACCUAUAAAGCACUUUAGCUUGCUGCAAAGCUUUAUGUGUGAAGAUGGUGGCCUACUUUUUCACUUUGCAAAAACUCCAGGUUUCAAUAGAAAUUGACACUUUUUUAUAAAUGAACCUGGCUACCCCUCCUUGGCUUUUAAGCAGACAAGAGAUCAUGUUACUUCCUGGUCUGGUUAGUUCAGUAGAGCUAAAUGCAAGAGGCAGCAAUGACCCAGAGCACCAGCCUUCUCAUUGAGCUGCAUUGGGAAGUCUGUGAUUAGACAGCCACAAAAAGUCUGGGUGGGAUUAAAAGUAGAGGGUUUGCAAAGGCUGCAAACAAGAGAUUUGCAGGUUUUACAAACUUUUUUUUAUAUAUAUCCCUAAGGAUAAAAUGCAUGAUUAAAUGCAGGCAAGUUUUCAUUUGAGGUAUAUCAACAAAACAGUGAUUUUUAUUUCUUUCGGGCAGUGGAGUGGCCCUUUAAAGGGAUAUUACAAUGCCAGGAAUACAAAGUUGUAUUCCUGGCACUAAAGCUCCCUCUGCCACCCCCCUCUCUAACGCUCCCCUCCCUGGUAAAAAAAAAAAAAAAAAAAGUUAAAAAGUUUAUUUACUUACUUGAUCUAAGCGCCCAUGUCCCGACGAGCAGGUGGUAAUGCACAUGUGAGGCAAAUGCCACGCGCACAUUAGACCUCCCCAUAGGAAAGCAUUGAAUCAAUGCUUUCCUAUGGGGAAAAAUCUGACGUUGGGAGAGCGUAAGGAUGUCAAGCAUAGGAUACUGGACCAAAGGUCUAGUUCGAUUCAGAAAGCCCUCUAGUGGCUGUCUGGUAGACAGCCACUGUGGGCAGACACAGUGCUGCAAUGUAAACAUUGCAGUUUCUCUUUUGCACUAGGUGAAAGAAAAAAGCCAUUUUACUUUCCUUUUUCAUAUUAAAGCAUUAGAAGGCUAGUGCACAUGUGCAUUAAAAUACUAUGUUGCGCUAAUCAGAGGAUUUCUAUGAAUGAUAAAUUGCAAUGUUUUACUUGCCUAGUACUCCGGAAAUGUCUGUAGUGGCUGUCAGAAUGACAGACACUACAGGCAUUUAAACCCUGCACUGUAAACAUUAUCAGGUUAAAACUACAGGGACAUAGCACCCAGAUCACUUCAGUGAGAUGAAAUGGUCUGAGUGCCUUCAGAGUCCCUUUAAUAGGGGGACCGUUUAUCAGUUCUAAGUGGAUAAAGGAGGUGAUGAGUGAUGAAGUAAAAGUUUAUGGGGAAAAUAUUGUGCACAAUGAAUAUUUGAUCUAUAACUACCUGUAACUAAAGAAGGAGCAAAAACAUUUCAUAGAAAAUAUUAAAUUUGCCUGUUUUAUUUGAUUGGCAAAAAUAAAAUGCAUUGCGUUAUAUUAUACCAGCUGGCUGUCAUCUUAUGUACAAAUCAGGGACAUGGCCAAAAUUUCUGUUGUCUAAUGUUAUUAACGAAGUAUACUGUGACACAUGUUUUAAUGUCAAAACAUUAUUUUGAGCCUCUUUUAGUUCCUAAACAACCACCCUUAAAAAUAGUCUCAGUUUAUUUCAGUUAGUCACUCUGAAGUGUUUGUCUGUUGUAUCUGAGUAGCUAGAGUUGAGCAACUUUCUAUCUCUUUUCAUCUGUGUUUCUAGAAUUUUGAAUGUAAUGAUAGUCCUAAUUGCUUCUCUCUUCUAGGAGACAGAGCAGUCAUCAUUCUCUGCUGGAAAGACAGGCUGCAGCACACCUCAGAGAUGGACUCUGCUUCACACCUCCUUGCCCAGGCUCCACCCCCUUCUCAACAAUCCACACUGAUAUCCCAUCUAAGUCCUUCUUCUCCACAAUCUAUAGACCAGGACUUCAGUAAAUCCACUACUUCACCUCAGCCUGCCUUCCAUCAUUCUCCAUCUCCUGGUGACUCCUCAUCCUCAUCAGAUUCCCAUACUACUGCUAAUUCCAUUCCUCAAGUGAACUGCAUCUCAAUUGGGUCACCUUCCAAGACUUCUCCUAUUGCUCGAGUUAGCUCUCCAACAACCUCUCUUCCUCUCUCCUCUCCUCCACUUUCCCCUUCUCCUGUUUCACUCUGCCCUCUUCCAGAGAAUAUGUCACCUCAAAGUGUUGCUAUUUUUCAUCCUACUCUUAUUCCAAGUCCUCAUUCUAUAGCUCAGUCUCCCCCUCCACCGUCUGUCUCUUCUCCCUCUGCUUCUGCUUCGCUUUCACCGCCAUCAGCCUCUCAAUGUCCACCUGCCGACUCUCCUGCUUCAUCUACCACAUCUGAAUCUGUUUCCCCAAUUGUCCCAGCCAUCUCAUCCUCCCCCCAAAACCUUGAGACAUCUCCUUUCUUGUGUCUCCCUCCAGCAUCCCCCUCCCCUCCUCCAUCUUCCCCAUCUCCCUCUCGGGCUUCUCCUUCUCCUCCUCCUACCUCUCCCCCUGUCUCAGCAUCUCUCCUUGGCCUUUCUUUUGCUGAUGAAGAACUUGAUCUUCAACGUCAUUCCAAUGGAUUUGCUGAUAGCACAACAUCCAAGUCCAGACAGUUCCCAUGUACAAUUUGUGGAAAGCAGUUUAGAUUUAUCAGUAUUCUCUCCUUACAUGCAAGCACACACAGAGUGCGAGGGCCUCUUGCACAGGGCCGAGGAGUCACUAAGUCUUUCUUUGAGUCUAAUUCCCAGAGGCCUUUACUCCUGGGGCAACAUCAAAAAGAACCAAGCUCCCCCAUUAUCACAGACCACACUCCAGAAGACACACAUGAACCAGUCCCUCUGUUGUCUAUUCCUGCUCCUCUUCCUCCACUUCGUCACCCUUGUCCUUUCUGCAAGGGUAAAUUUCGCAAGGCAGCUGAACUAGAGCGUCACCUCCGAAUACUUCACAGGCCUUACAAGUGUCACCUAUGUGACUUUGCUGCUUCCCAGGAGGGUGAACUAGUGGGACAUGUUGAAAGAAGACAUGCUGCCCCCCAGAGACCCAAAAUUGCUGCACCUCUGCCAACUCCAGUCCCCACUCAAGCUACACCUCCUGCUGAGUUCAAGUGUGAGAUCUGUUCCCAGAGUUUCACACAGUCCUGGUUCCUGAAAGGCCACAUGCGCAAGCAUAAAGACUCUUUUGAUCACAGAUGCUCAGUAUGUGGACGAUGCUUCAAGGAAUCCUGGUUCCUAAAGAACCAUAUGAAGGUUCAUUUAGGCAAGAUAAAGACUGUAGCAGGGCCAGAGCCCCCUGGGCAUCAGUCAGGUCAAUCUCCACAUGCCACCACCUCAAAUUCUCCAUCUUCCUCCUCCUCCAGGCUCCUUGGAUAUCAGAGUUUUUAUUCUGGUCUUCUUUUGAGGCUGCCACCACCUGGAGAUGCCACCUGUUCACAGAUGCUCCAGGCCACAGCAAGAGCAGUGCAGGGAGGAGAGGGAGACCAUGAUGUAACAGGCUCUGCUGGAAGAGGACAGUCUAUGAGUUCAGCUAUAGGAGAUGGAGCUGCAGCCAAGGUCAUGCUUUCCCAGGGUUCUAGUGGCAUUGUACUAAAAAAUGUUGGGUACCCAGGUAAGAAAAGGUUAAUAAAUAUUAUUUUGGGGGGAGGGUAACAUUUUCCUCAGAAUGUAUAGAGUAAGUAUUUGCCUUGUGAAUAUCACAAGGUAUAAAGGUUCAUCAUAAUGCAUAUAGAAGAAUAAACAGGGUAAAGGUUAGUUAUUAGUCACCAUCAUUUUUUACUGUUUUUAUUCUUAAAGGCCCAAUUCAUACACAUGAAAGAAACACAGAAGACAUAUAUUGAUAGUUGGUAUUAUCUCUUUUCAUUAAUUGAUUUGUUAUAGAAAAGGGAGCUAUACUGCAAUUUCUCAGUAGUCACCCAUUCAUUCCACAGAUAAGAAUGGAUGGGGUAUCAACUCAUCACAGGCAGAGAGACCACGUGGAGCAACUGGUAGAGAUUGUCCCUUCUGUGCCAAGUCUUUCCGUUCCUCCCACCACCUGAAGGUGCAUCUUCGAGUUCACACAGGUUAGAGGUUUCAACAUGACCAUACAGAUUUUUUUUAGUUGUCUGCUCCUAUUAAUUUGUUUACAUUAUUUUAUUCCAUUGUUUUGUAGGUGUUUUAAUAACAUUCUCUCUGCAGUGUGUUUACAAAGAGUAUUGUUUUACUAGUUGGCCCCUAAAAAGCAGUGUAAGGCGUUAAGUGAGUUUGAUGGGGUUGAUGUUCAGAAAUGUGGGAACUAUCAGAGGGAAGGAUUCAUACUUAUACCCUAGUCCUGUUAGAUUUGUGUUUAUUUUUUUGUUAGGACCAGUGGGAUUGAGCAUUCUCUUGACUCAACAGAAAUAGUCACCCCCUGGUGUUGUAAUAGUUGGUCCAGGGAACUCCUAGACCACCAUUAAGACCUUUUUCCCUACCAUAGUGACCAGAAGAUGGAAAAAAAGAUAUAGAGGUUAUUCUCUGAUAUAAAAAGUUUCAGUAUUGAUUUACCCCAAAUACUGGUUGAGAGAUUGAGAGGGCUAAUGAUCAAGCAUUUUGGCUAAGCAUUAUGUCCAAGGCACUCCAUUUUCUUAUUUGUUUUCAAACAGCACUCACCAUGCAUUGGGUAGAGAUGAGAGGAAGACUUAAUGAUGGGUCUACAUCAUACAAGCAUGUCUUGGGUGUUUUGUUAUUUUUUUGUAUUGUUUUUGUUAAUCUGACUUUGAAAGGGUUAGUUUUCUUUUAAUUGAGGGAUUGCAUGUAUGGUUCCUGUAACAGGGAUUUCUACUAGAAAAGCAGGCAUUUUUUCAUCUGAGAAUCCACUACACUAUUAUUAAUUAUAAAGCGCCAACAAAUUCAGAAGUGCUGUAUAAUGGGUUAUGGAAUUGAUAAAGGAUCAUGGCUCCUAAACUUCUCUAGGAAUGUUUUGCUUCCAUUUGUUCAUUUUUAUUUUCCUUAGGGUAUUUCUACGGAAUCACAUUUUGAAUUAAAUAUGCAUUACUGCAUGAAAAUGAUUGGUAUCUAGCAAAUUAACCUGAAUUAAUUUACACCUGCCUAUUUUCACCUAAGCAGCUGACUGUACAUAUUUUCCAUAAACCUCUGGACGAAAGGGGUUUAUUGGGCAAAAUGAAAUCCCGCCACUUCAGUUGCCUUACCACUUCCUCUUGAAACAGAUGUGCUGGUGUUUUUUGUAGUGCUAUAAAUAUUAGAUUUGUAUAAAAGACAAGUGAACAUUUAUUAAAGGGACACUAUAGUCACCAGAACAACUAUAGCUUUUUUGUAUUUUGUUCUGGUGCACAUAAUCAGUCCCUUCAGGCAUUUUGCAGUAAAUACUGUCUUUUCAGAGAAAAUGCAGUGUUUACAUUACAGCCUAGGGAUACCUCCACUAGCCACUCCUCAAAUGGCUAAUAGAGGUGGUUCCUGAGACACUGAACAUUCCUCAUAGAGAUGCAUUGAUUAAAUGCAUUUCUAUGAUGAGAUCCAGAUUGGCCAGCGCUGUGUUUGACUUGUGCUACCUCUGCCCCUGAUCUGCCUCCUUAACAAUCUCAGCUAGUGAAAUGCUUUCCUAUGACAAAGCAUUAGGAUUAGCUCAGAUCAUCAUUCCUGAUGAUGUCAGUCAAGCAGGCAGAUCCGGGGCAGAGCCAGCAGCAACUGACUGAAAUAAAAGUAAGAAUGUACUAUUUUUAAGGGUAUAAGGGGAGGGCAGGGGGCUAGUUGGUGUUUUUAACACUAUAGGGUGAGGAAUACAUGUUUGUGUUCCUGACCCUAUAGUGUUCAUUUAAAAAUACACAACAUAAAAUGCAACAAAUAAAAAAAUAAAUAAACGAAACAAUCCAGACAAUAUGUUUUUGUAUCUGGCAGAUAUGUAAUAUAAUGUUAUAUUAUUACGGGCCCAUGGGUGGGAUCCGGUUGUAUUAUAAAUAUGAUAAAAUUAGCCAGGGGCAAGUUUUACCAGUCUCUUACCGCCCCGUAGUUCCAGUCCGUCUUGCAUCUAUAAAGGCUGGGUAGGUAUUCCUCUUCCUAUGUAAAGGGAUCCACAGGGAACACGAUCGUGCUAAAAGCAGAUAUAAUUGAAAAUUAGAUAUCCACCCGUGCAGGAGAUGGUCAGCCAACAUUCACUUUUUUAUAUCCGGAUUUACACAAAACCAAUAUACACAAAUAAUGAUAAAUAAAUUAUAUAAUAUCUUUCUUGGGAUUAAACAUGCCAUUUAAAAUGUAUGUGAAUUUCAUGUUAGUUUAUAUUCAACUCAUCCCUCCCCUUUCCCCUCAAGUUGAUAAUUAUUAGUUCUUUGUAAAAGAAAAAUCUAAUACGCACAGAAAUAAAUACCAAAAGUAAAAUUCUAAUUUAAUUGAAAUGAAGACAAUAUUCAUGAUGAUUUCUUGCUCUAUGCUCUCUAAGAUGCAGUUUAGGUGAGUGGAGAGAGCAUCCUUUUAGCUAUGUGAUAUUUGUUUCCAUUUCUCACAUUUCUGUUUGUCUCUAUUAUUUUUUUUUUUUUUUAUGUAAUCACUCAUUUCUAGCAUGGAUACCCCAAUUCCUUAUCUAUCAUUAAUAUAUAGUCUCUAGCUUUGCCUUUUCUUACACGGUUUCAUUUUCUUUUCUGCACAGGUGAGCGCCCCUAUAAAUGCCCUCACUGCUCCUAUGCUGGAACCCAGUCUGGUUCCCUCAAAUACCACCUACAACGUCAUCACCGGGACUCCAAACUCUCUGCUGGUGCCCCAUUGAGGGGUAAAACUGUUCAACCAAGUGCUUCACAACAACAGAGACUCUUGCCUUCAGUUUCUGCUACGUGGGGUAACUCUUGUGCAGAUAUGGCACCUACAUGCGAGGAUGGAGCCUCACUGCCUCUUCGUCUGCACCUGAAUGACGGCCAAGGAGCCAGUGCAUUUCCUCGUGUGGUCGGGAGAGGAAUCCAGAGAAGAAGAAGUCCCUCACAUCAACCAACUAAUGGAAGACCUGAUCAUGAACCACUGGAUUUGUCCCAAGGAAACCCCUUCCACCGCUGCAUGUACUGUCCUUUUGUCACCUCUGUAGGGGAACUGAUGAGUCUCCAUCUUCAAGUCCAUCAUGGAAGGAGAUCUCGCAGGAAGGGGGGAUACAUUAGGGGCCGGCCCCGGCCUGUACUUUCUCCUCAAGCCCAAGGCCCAAGUCUGAGAGACAGCCCUGGACAGUGUGAAAGCACAGAAUGAUUUGAUACACUACUUGGCAGUUGGUGUUUGAUAUGCCCCAUGACUGCCUACUAUCCAUGUUUCCCAUGAUGAGAUAAGAUGAGACUGUAAGCAUGAGAAUGAAAGAGUAAGAAAACUAGCAAAAACUGAGGCAGCUAGGGAUGUGGGACAACUUGGAAUGGGGGGAGGUGAGAUUGCUAGGGAAGGGAGUGUGUGGGUGCGUGAACUAAGUGACAGAGACAGCUAGGUUGGAAGAAAAGCAGAGAGUGGUAAAGUUUGAAAAGAAACCAAGAUACACAACCUGGGUUUGAGAGGAUUAGAUGCCUACUGAGGGUAAAAGACAGUCAGACAGUGAAACUCUUUUCCUGGCACAGCUAGUGGCAAAUAAUACAUUAGCAAUACCAGACAGCUUUUGAUAGUAUUAGGUCUUGGCUUUAUGGUUAUUGAAAGAGUUAUGGAUCAAAGAGUGCUAGUGAUGAAACCAUAUAAAAGUGUUAAGAGGCAAUAUCACAGAGCUCACUUUUCAGAAAUCAGAAUGACUGAUUGCAACAUAUCAGAGUUUUACGUCAAAGAAAGAGCUAUGAAUAAGUUCACAGACUAUUAACGUUAGAUUGAGAGACACUAGAUCUAGGGAAAAAGAGAAAGCUAGUGAAAAAGUUAGAUAACUUAGUGAAUAUGAUCUUUUUUUUGUGCCAGAUACUUCUCCUUCUUGUUUCUGGUUAAUGCCGAAACUUUAUUUUUGAUAAUCUGAUUCGGAACGUUCUUCAGAUCCAUCUGCAGGUAGAUGUCCUUCCUACAUAUUCACCCCUUGUUCCCAUUUACAACCUGUUUAGGUUUCAGCUCAGAAAAACUACAUUUCCACAUUUAGAGAUUUCUAUAUUUUUUUUUAUUCUUUUCUUGUAGAAAAUAAAAAGAUAAAUAAAAAAAAUCAAAUCAAAGAUUUUGUUUGAGCGUUAAAAAGACAAACUAAAAUAGGUGUAUGUUUCAAAUUAAAUUAGAAGCAAUGUGAUUCUUGCACAAACAUUACGUCAUACACAGUAUUAAAAUGGUGGUACAUAAUGAGAUCAAUUAAUGCAAACAGUGCCUUAGAGAUGGGCUUGGAGACAGAUUUAACACAUUAGACUUGCUAUGACUCUAUGCAAGAUUUGAGCAAUGGAGCAGUUUUUUGUAGAACCAUUAGAGAGAGCUAUGGUUUACAAACAGCAUAUUCUUCUUAUAAUAAUGAAAAUGUCUUAAAGCAGCCCAGGUCCAUUAUCUGCCUAAAGAUGACAGUAAAUAUAGGUUCCAAAUUUUAGGGGAAGGGAAGAAGUGAGAGUGUUCAAGAUUAUUCAGUUCAAAAUGUUAUUUGUAAGGAGUUAUUUUAUCUUAGAAACCUCUGUAUAGUAAAAUAAUUUAGAGUAUAUACUAGUUUACAUGAGCUACAUGGUGUUGACAUUAUCAUGAAGUUGCAUAGUGGCAAAUAUUGUCAGGUGCCUUGCUAAUAGUAGGGUAUUUGUAUUUAUCUGUCACUACUACUGUAUGUGACAAAAAUGGUCUUCUUUUAUGCUAAUAUUUCAGAAUUGUCUGAAAUAUCGCAAAUCGACAGAUAACAACAUCUAAUGUCUAAAAUAUGUUAUCUCCAAUAUCUGAAGGCCAUUAUAAAAUUUAAAUAAAAGGUAAAAUUUUAUACAUUUACAUAUUGAUUAUUUGCACCUCUGAAUAUCAGUCUAUACAAAAAAAAUGUUUUAUCCUACAUUUAUGUGGUAGGUAUGAUUCCCGUAUUUCAAAUAAACGCAAUGCUAAUUUUUUUUAAAUUUUUUUUUAACAAAGUGUAUUUGGUAGUGAAGGGGUAACAAAAACAUGCAUGGGUUGAAAAUACACAUUUUCAAUGAGUUAUAGUGAACUAUAAGAAAUUUAAAUGUUUUACUUGUUAACCAUUUAAGGACAGAAGCACUUGUCCAACUUCUGUACCAAAAACAAAACAUAAAAUUUGUGCUAUAUUUUUGAUCCACCAUAAUUUAAGCCAUGUAAGUGC